UCCCCGCCUUCCCGGCCGCGGGCCCCCGCUCGGUAGCGCCGGCGCACUGGCGCGCUCCGUUUACACGCUCUGGGGCCUAUAGCUGCCGCGAGUUCCGGCUAUAGCCGUCGCCUCUGCGCUCCUGGAGGUCGGUUGCGACGAGUAACGGCGUCAGAACGAGCCCUGCGUCUUCUUUUUCGCCAUGUAUCCGAAUUGGGGCCGGUAUGGCGGGAGCAGCCACUACCCACCGCCGCCGGUCCCGCCGCCGCCACCGGUGGCGCUUCCUGAGGCCUCGCCAGGGCCCGGGUACUCGAGCUCGACGGCUCCCGCGGCCCCCUCCUCUUCGGGCUUCAUGAGCUUCCGCGAGCAACACCUGGCGCAGCUCCAGCAGCUGCAGCAAAUGCACCAGAAGCAAAUGCAGUGCGUGCUCCAGCCCCACCACCUUCCUCCGCCCCCGCUGCCACCCCCGCCGGUAAUGCCGGGGGGCGGCUACGGAGACUGGCAGCCGCCGCCGCCACCGAUGCCCCCGCCGCCUGGACCGGCCCUCAGCUAUCAGAAGCAGCAGCAGUACAAACACCAGAUGCUCCACCACCAACGGGAUGGACCUCCUGGUUUGGUUCCAAUGGAGCUGGAUUCCCCCCCUGAAUCGCCCCCUGUACCGCCCGGGUCCUAUAUGCCCCCGUCCCAAUCAUAUAUGCCCCCACCUCAACCACCACCCUCCUACUAUCCCCCUUCCUCGUCUCAGCCCUACCUGCCUGCAGCUCAGCCAUCCCCUUCGCAGUCUCCACCUUCCCAGUCCUACCUGGCGCCCACCUCUUACUCUUCUACUUCCUCCUCGCAGUCGUAUUUGAGCCAUUCUCAGUCCUACUUGCCCUCUUCUCAGGCGUCUCCUUCCCGCCCCUCGCAGGGCCAUUCUAAAUCCCAGCUACUGCCACCACCGUCGGUCCCUUCUGGGAAUAAGACAACUGUCCAACAAGAACCUUUGGAGAGUGGGGCCAAGAACAAAAGUGCUGAACAGCAGCAAACUGCUCCUGAGCCAGAUCCCUCUACGAUGACUCCACAGGAACAGCAGCAGUAUUGGUAUCGACAGCACUUGCUUAGUUUGCAGCAGAGGACAAAAGUGCAUUUGCCUGGGCACAAAAAGGGCCCAGUCGUAGCAAAAGAUGUACCAGAGCCAGUAAAAGAAGUUACAGGACCUGCCACCAGUCAAGUUUCAGAACCUCCUUCAUCUGAGGAACCUCCGUUACCACCUACAAAGGAGGAGGCACCACCUCCUCUCCCACCUGAGGAGCCACAGUCUGAGGACCCGGAAGAGGAUGCCAGGUUAAAACAGUUGCAGGCUGCAGCAGCACAUUGGCAACAGCACCAACAACAUCGAGUUGGCUUCCAGUAUCAGGGGAUAAUGCAGAAACAUACUCAAUUACAGCAGAUCCUACAGCAGUACCAGCAGAUUAUACAGCAGCCGCCACAUCUACAGACCAUGUCUGUAGAUGUACAGCUGCGGCAUUAUGAGAUGCAGCAGCAGCAGUUUCAACAUCUCUACCAAGAGUGGGAGCGAGAGUUUCAGCUGUGGGAGGAGCAGCUCCAUUCUUACCCUCAUAAAGAUCAGCUUCAGGAAUAUGAAAAGCAGUGGAAAACGUGGCAGGGACACAUGAAGGCCACCCAGACCUAUCUCCAGGAGAAAGUCAGUUCAUUUCAGAACAUGAAGAACCAAUACAUGGGGAACAUGUCAAUGCCUCCUCCUUUUGUUCCAUACUCUCAGAUGCCUCCACCUCUACCAACAAUGCCCCCUCCAGUAUUGCCUCCAUCAUUGCCACCACCAGUGAUGCCCCCUGCCCUGCCUGCCACUGUGCCACCACCUGCCAUGCCCCCACCCGUGAUGCCUCCUUCUCUUCCAACCUCUGUGCCCCCUCCAGGGUUGCCUCCAUCUCUGUCUUCAGCAGGGCCACCACCAGUUCUUCCCCCACCAACCCUGUCUUCUGCAGGGCCACCGCCAGUCCUCCCUCCACCCUCUCUGUCUUCAGGGGCACCUCCACCCAUCCUGCCUCUCCCACCACCACUGUCUUCAGCCACACCUCCUCCAGGAAUACCUCCCCCUGGUGUUCCACAAGGGCUACCUCCUCCGUUAACAGCAGCCCCAGUCCCACAGGCCUCUGGUUCUCAGAGCUCACAAGUUCCAGACAAACCUAGGCCAGCACUGCUUCCCACUCCUGUGUCUUUUGGUUCAGGCCCACCAUCAGCUUACCACCCUCCAAUGCAAUCAGAACAAAUGAAUUCUAAACCUCUGAGCAAGUCUACUCUGCCAUACGGUUCCUUCUCAGCUGAGCCAGGACUUGGGGAAUCUUCAGCUGCUCCAUCUCAGUCGAUUACUACAGCCAAGGACAUACCAGUGAGGUCAGGUGGACUGCUUCCAGAUCCUCCUAGAAGCAGUUACUUGGAAGGUCCAAGAGGCCCAAGAUUUGAUGGUCCUCGAAGAUUUGAGGAUUUAGGGUCAAGGUGUGAAGGACCGAGACCCAAAGGGCCUCGUUUUGAAGGAAAUCGCCCCGAUGGGCCAAGACCCAGAUAUGAAGGUCACCCAGCAGAGGGCACUAAAGGCAAAUGGGGAAUGAUUCCCCGGGGGCCAGCAUCUCAAUUUUAUAUUACCCCCAAUACAUCCCUAAGUCCUCGACAGAGUGGAACACAGUGGAAAGGCCCCAAACCAACUUUUGGACAGCAACAUCAGCAGCAAGCUAAGUCACAAGCAGAACCUCUUUCAGGAAACAAAGACUCAUUAGCAGACACCAGUAGUAACCAGCAGAAGAAUUUUAAAAUGCAAUCAGCUACAUUUCCCAUUGCUGCAGAUAUAAAGGAUGCCAAGGCGGCUCAGUCAAAUGAGAAUCUAAGCGACUCUCAACAAGAGCCACCUAAAAGCGAAGUCUCGGAAGGGCUCAUAGAGACUUCAGAUUGGGACCAGAAUUCUCAAAGUAUGGAUACUCAAAUGGACAAAACCCAAGGUGUUACACAGCCUGUAUCCCUUGCAAAUAAACCUCUACCUACUCAAUCUACUUUUCCCUCAAAAACGGGGGGCAUGGAGGGAGAAACCUCGGUAGCAACAUCAUCGUCAUUAACUGCAGAUAAUGAUUUUAAACCUUUGGGUAUUGGUCUGCCCCAUUCAGAAAACAACCAAGAUAAAGGACUGCCUCGGCCAGAUGGCAGAGAUAAUAGAUUAGAAGGCAGUCGAGGUAGCAGCUCAUCCUACAGAGGUCCUGCACAAGGCAGAAUGGAAGACUCACGGGAUAAAGGACUAGUAAACAGAGGUCGAGGCCAGGCAGUGAGUCGAGGCCCUGGGUUGGUCAAACAAGAAGACUUUCGUGAUAAGAUGAUGGGUAGAAGAGAAGACAGUCGAGAGAAGAUGAGCAGAGGAGAAGGCAGCCGGGACAGAGGGUUGGUGAGGCCGGGAAGCAGUCGGGAAAAAAUGCCAGGUGGACUGCAAGGCAGCCAGGACAGGGGCAGGGCUGGCAGCCGAGAAGGGGGACCCCCUCGGAGGGCUGGAAGUCAGGAGAGAGGACCCCCUCGAAGGGCUGGAAGUAGGGAGAGGGUACCACCCCGGAGAGCUGGGAGCAGGGAGAGGGGUCCACCUCGAGGGCCUGGCAAUCGGGAAAGGGCACUGGGCAGACCAGAUUUUGGUCGUGAUAGAGGUCCAUUCAGACCGGAACCAGGAGAUGGUGGGGAGAAAAUGUAUCCAUAUCACCGAGAUGAGCCUUCUAGGGCUCCGUGGGACCAUGGCGAAGAGAGAGGGCAUGAAGAGUUCCCAUUAGAUGGCAGAAAUGCUCCAAUGGAACGAGAAAGACUUGAUGACUGGGAUAGAGAGAGAUACUGGAGAGAGUGUGAGCGUGACUAUCAAGAUGAUGCAGUAGAUCCAUAUAACAGAGAGGAGCGGUUCUCAGCACCACCAUCUCGGUCUCAUGACGGAGAUAGGCGAGGCCCCUGGUGGGAUGAUUGGGAGAGAGAUCAGGAUAUGGAUGAGGAUUACAGUAGGGAAAUGGACAGGGACUUGGACAGGGAUGUAGAUCGAAUUGGAAGACCCAUGGAUAUGUAUGAUAGAAAUCUGGAUAAUGAGUGGGACAGAGAUUAUGGGAGACCAGUGGACGAACAAGAGUCACAGUUUCGUGAACGGGAUAUUCCAUCUCUUCCACCUUUACCACCCCUCCCACCUCUUCCACCUUUGGAUAGAUAUCGGGAUGAUAGAUGGAGAGAAGAAAGAAAUCGAGACCAUGGUUAUGAUCGAGAUUUCCGUGAUAGGGGUGAGUUGAGGAUUCGAGAGUAUCCAGAAAGAGGAGAUACGUGGCGGGAAAAGCGAGAUUAUGUUCCGGACAGACUGGACUGGGAAAGAGAACGGUUGUCAGACAGAUGGUACCCAUCUGAUGUGGAUAGACAUUCCCCCAUGGCGGAACAUAUGUCCUCCUCACAUCAUUCCUCUGAAAUUAUGGGGUCCGAUGCAAAUUUAGACUCUGACCAAGGCCUUGGAGGGGUAAUGGUUCUCAGUCAGAGGCAGCACGAAAUCAUUUUGAAAGCUGCACAAGAACUGAAAAUGCUUCGGGAACAGAAAGAGCAGCUUCAAAAGAUGAAAGACUUUGGGUCUGAGCCACAGAUUGCUGACCAUCUCCCACCCCAGGACUCGAGGUUGCAGAAUACACCAAGACCUGGGAUGUAUCCGCCUCCAGGGUCCUAUAGACCACCCCCUCCUAUGGGUAAACCACCAGGUUCACUUGUAAGACCGUCUGCUCCACCAGCAAGAUCAUCUGUUCCUAUGACCAGGCCACCUGUGCCAAUACCACCACCUCCACCUCCUCCUCCUCCACCUCCUCCUCCUCCUCCAGUGAUAAAGCCACAAACUUCAGCUGUAGAACAGGAGCGCUGGGAUGAAGAUUCUUUUUAUGGACUCUGGGAUACAAAUGAUGAACAAGGACUGAAUUCUGAAUUUAAGUCAGAAAAUGCAUCAAUUCCACCUGCCCCAGUAUUACCACCUCCACCUGUUCACUCUUCCAUUCCCCCUCCUGGCCCAAUGCCAAUGGGUAUGCCACCAAUGUCCAAACCACCACCAGUGCAACAGACUGUUGAUUAUGGCCAUGGCCGAGAUAUGUCCACUAAUAAAGUUGAGCAAAUACCAUAUGGAGAAAGAAUAACCCUACGCCCAGACCCACUACCUGAAAGAUCAACUUUUGAAACAGAUCAUGUAGGCCAGCGUGAUCGUUACGAUAGAGACCGAGACCGUGAACCGUAUUUUGAUCGAGAUUUUAAAAGAGAUCGGGAGACUCAUAGAGAUCGAGAUCGGGAUCGUGUUAUUGACUACGACCGGGAUCGAUUUGACAGAGAUCGCCGGCCCCGGGAUGAUAGAACUCAGUCUUAUCGAGACAAAAAAGACCAUUCCUCAUCCAGAAGAGGGGGAUUUGAUAGGCCAUCCUAUGACAGGAAGUCUGACCGGCCAGCCUAUGAAGGCCCGUCCAUGUUUGGAGGAGAACGAAGAACUUACCCAGAUGAGCGAAUUCCCCUGCCAGCUCCUUCACUGAGCCACCAGCCACCUCCAGCUCCUCGGGUGGAGAAGAAGCCUGAAUCUAAGAAUGUGGAUGACAUUUUGAAACCACCCGGCCGAGAGAGCAGACCUGAGCGAAUCGUUGUUAUAAUGAGAGGGUUGCCUGGCAGUGGAAAGACACAUGUUGCGAAACUUAUUCGCGAUAAGGAGGUAGAAUUUGGAGGACCUGCACCCAGAGUUUUAAGCCUGGAUGAUUACUUUAUCACUGAAGUAGAAAAGGAAGAAAAAGAUCCAGAUUCUGGCAAGAAAGUAAAAAAGAAGGUAAUGGAAUAUGAAUAUGAAGCUGAGAUGGAGGAGACGUACCGGACUAGCAUGUUCAAAACCUUCAAGAAGACUCUGGAUGAUGGCUUUUUCCCCUUCAUCAUUCUGGAUGCUAUCAAUGACAGAGUUAGACAUUUUGACCAGUUUUGGAGUGCAGCAAAAACCAAGGGAUUUGAGGUAUAUUUGGCUGAAAUGAGUGCGGAUAACCAGACUUGUGGCAAGAGAAAUAUCCAUGGAAGAAAGCUUAAAGAAAUAAAUAAGAUGGCUGAUCACUGGGAAACUGCACCUCGACACAUGAUGCGUCUAGACAUUCGUUCUUUACUACAAGAUGCUGCGAUUGAAGAGGUAGAGAUGGAAGACUUUGAUGCAAAUAUUGAAGAACAAAAGGAAGAAAAGAAAGAUGCAGAGGAAGAGGAAAGCGAACUGGAUGGAUCUGAGUCUUUCCCCGCGGAUACAGCCCUGAAGAACUCCUGUAACGUCAAGCUGGCGAUUUCCAAGAAGCAAUCAGGAACCUGCAUUCCCAAAGAGACCCCCAAGAAAGAGAAGACAUGAGGCUGGGAAGCACCAGCACCACAGAGAGGCCCUGCCAGAUGCCAUCCGUUCCUUGAGUGGUGGCUAAAAACCUCCAUGUUCUACCAGCCCUGGAUUUCUGCAGCCCUGAAACAAACACACCACAAACACAAACCUUAAAAUGACCUUAAAGUGAGAUAGCCCUGAAACAAAAUGUAUUUUGUGGGAGGAACCAGUUCCACUAGUGGAUACCUUUUAAUAAGUAGGAAAUGCUAAUUGAGAGUAAAUAUGUGCUCCAAAGUAUUCUUUUCCUUAUACCUUUUGCAGAAAAGUGUCCCUAAGCCCAUGACUGCUGAAUUUCAUCCAACCACUUUUUAGGGCUGGACCUUGAGGGCUUACAUUCCUCAAACCUGUUAAGUAGGGCUGUUGCAGAACCCUCGCCAAAACUGGCAUGGUAAGAGAUCCUCCAGGUCCAGCUUGACCUGGGCCUGAGGCCAGUGUAGGCUUAUGUUUCCAAACAUGCUGGCUGAAAAUCCGAUCAGUGGACACCAGUAGUUCUUAACAUUCUUGGAAAUGACAGUAAACUGCUCCUGUAGUCACAGUCAACUGGGAGGCAAGAAAAGGGAAACAUAGGCUGACCACCUGCAACCUGCAAAGUAAGAGGCCAGCCCAACAGCCAUCAGCCACCCAAGCGGCCAUACCUGUCUCAUGAUGAGAAUUCACACCAAUAACACCCAGGCUGGCUUUAAGGUGCCACCAGCAUGCCUUUAUGAAGAUCCUGCAGGCUGGUCUCGAACUUACUGCCCUCCUAAGUAGCUAGGAGUAUAAGCAUGUACUACAUGCAUGUUCAUUUGUUAUUUCCGGGAUGAAUUUGAGGUGACUUGCCAUGAAAGACCAACAGAUAAAAGACUAUUCACGUGAGAAUACAGGAAAGAACUAAAUGAGAAAAAGAACAGGAAUUGUUAAGAAAACCUAGGCCAAGAUAGCUGCACCUGAGCACAGCAUUUAUUCCUGAGCUUCCUAAUAUUAAGGCAAAAACAAGCUAUCUGACUUGAUAAUUCCAAAGCAUUAAGUCUAGACUAGCCUUAAGCCUGGUGGGCUGCUAUACAAGCUUCAGCAUGCAGACAAGCUGUUAUUUGCUGCAUCUACCUGUUGCCUGAAAAGAAGUUGUAGCUGUCAUCUCUGGGUGAGAUUGGCCACAGGCCACCAAGAUUCUCAGUGAAGAGCUCUUUUCUGAAACACCAAACAUUUAGGGAAGUCACACCUCAAAAUACCUCAUGGAACCCUGGUACUUUGUCUUACCUCAAAGUCACUUCCUUUGUUAUAGUGCGUAUUAAGAGCUCGAAAAAGUUCUGAGUCACGGAGAACUACCAGCAUUUUGGGAUUUGUGAUGCCAUCUGAAAUUGCUUGCCGGGCGGAUUUUUCCAUUUGGAUGUAAUAAAACUCACGAAAGUUGCUGAACCACUUGAUCAUCUGGGAGGUAAUGCAGCGGUUGAACUGUGCAAACAAGAGAUCCAUCAAGUCAGACAUCUGCCGUGAGGGGCUCACAACCAGAACCGUGAGCAGCCAGAGGGGCAACAGUGUAAUAGGGCCUUCCUUCUGAAAAAGAAGCUACAUGGUUUUCCUACUCAGUUGGACUCAAAAAUCUGAAUUAGCUCCAAUGCCCAUUUAUAAAGAAUUUUAUGGACUGAAUUUAUAUUUUCACCCAUGAGAACCUUUUUGUACUGUUGAAGUGUGACUUUGGGAGUGUCAUCGAGGGUCAAGACCACUGUGGUGCUAGCAUGGCAGCUCAAGGGCCUUCUGCCUGCUGAGGAGGGUCUUAGUAGUUUAUCGCCAACUUGGAGUUGCAGAAUUACAGUUUUCUUCAGGGAUCAACCAAGCAACUGAAUAUGAGGGAAGGAGCUGAAAAAGCUUGAAAGGAAUGAAUCCAAAAUAUUAACAGCUCCUACCCCACACCCUGGGUAAAAGAGGUCCUCAGAUUCUUUCUAUGGCAACAGGCAAAGGUUGGCUGCAACACUGGCUUCUGAUACUUUUCACUCAGUUUGGAAACAGUGACCUGAAUGCAGAUUUGACACUGUGUGACUUUGUGCACAGUCUUAAGGUCAACGUACAUAAAGCCAGGAAACUAGGCCAAAGGGUCCACUUACUACUGGUGUUUCUCUUUUCCUCUGCCUUUCCGUGUGUUCCUAGGAUUAUCCACAGCUCAAAAGUCUAAAACCUCAGAUAGCCAAACUUCCUAGCCCAAAGCUCUCCAUGUGUGAUUAUUCCAGCACUCUCUCCCCAGACCUAGAACUUGCACGAGCCCAUCAACAGCACAGAGAACUUGCAGCAGGGACCUUGAACUUGCCUCCCACAAGGCAAAACAUCCUGCCACUAAUUAUGCAGAGGAUGAGCCUCCGUUAAUGACUUUACCUGAACAUCAGGGAAAUAAGCCUUCAGGAGGUUGGAGCUGGGGUAUCGUGCGAAGAAAAACAUGAGUUUGGCCUUCUUCAAGUGACCAGGGUUUAGGCCUUCCUGGAUUUAUUUCAUUGUCAAGGAAAAUCAACAUUUUAAAACACCAGUUUAUCAAUUUCUUUUUUCAGAUCAUCCAAAUAGUGUUUGCCCCAUUCCUUGUGACUUCUAUUCUCUCUCUCUCUCUCUCUCUCUCUCUCUCUCUCUGUGAGUGUGUGUGUGUGUGUGUCUGUCUGUCUGUCUGUCUCUCCCUCUCUCUGGUUGAAUGGAAUAUUUUCUUUAUUUUUCUCUUUCUGAAAACUUGUCAGAUCAGCUGGAUGCAAUACACACAGUUAAGCUACAGAAUUCGAAAACCACCUUGUGUGUAAAAGGGUAUCACAUGGCAUGCGUAGAUACUGUUGUGCUGUGUGUAUUCACUCUUUUGAGAGUGAGAUGAGUAGCUCUAUCCUAGAUAAACCAUUUUGAAACCCUAUGUAAAGACUGAUUUCCCCUCUGCCUCAGCUUCUUCCCCUGGAGAGUGAGAGCUGCCCAUAAGGCCUCCAACCCGGCUGUCAUUCUAAUUCCCCUGCAGCUGUAACCCAGGCGGCAUGAGGCCAGGCCGGGUGCCAGUCCCUACUGUGCUCUUGCUCAGUGAAGAAACGUGAACUGUUGGCUGCGCCUGCCUCUCACUCUUCCCAGCCAGAAGAUCAGUUCCCUGUGGAGCCUUUCCUCGUCUAAUUAGGCCUUCCUCACCCUGAGCUCCCAAAGCUCUUUGUACAAAACUGUGUCAUAGCAAUGACCUUAUAGAAUUUUUAACCGCAUGUUACCUCCCCAUUUAGACUGUGAGCUCUUUGAGGGCAAGGACCGUAUUUUUUUAAUCUUUGUGUUCUAUGUGCCUAGCACUAAACUAGGCACAUAGUAGGUGCUCAAUAAAUGUGUGUUGGGUGAA